UUUUAGUUCAUAGCAAUUUCUUUUAGUUCUAAUUAAAUUAUUUAUUAACAAUUUUGUAUAAUGGUUUCAAAUUUAGCAAACCUUUACGCAUUGAUGCGUCGGAACUUUAGCGAUUGUGGAAUAAUGUACAGCUCGCCGGUUUCUUACUUGCAAAAAAUUACCGGCGAAACCAAGAAAGUUAUAUUUGUUUAUGAAGAGGAUAAAAGCAAACUAAAGUACGUCUCGAAUUUUGUUUCGCCCUCGAAAUUGAACAUCAAACAAGACACCGACCUCAACCUUACAGGAUCACCACUCAAAGAUGAUUGUGUCGUCGAUGCCAUUGACAUAUCAAUCGAUCUAAAAUACUCCUCCGAUACACCUUGGUCCCUGGACGAAGAAUGCUACAAAGGUCUUCGACUCGACUUGGCUCGAUCUAUACUAACGGAUUUUAAUUUUCAAAAAGAAAGUCUCACCUGUCAAGGGUCUGUCUGGAUACUCUGUUCCGGUGCGGAUAGCGAAAAAACAGUUCUCAUCGAAAUGGAAUUCGAGCCGAAGUCAAAUAUCCGCGGUAUGAUUGUCUUCAAAGGAGUCAUUCCAACUGCAAAUGUAACAUCGCAAAACAUAUUUGAACACCAUAUGCAGUUGAUCAAUAGAAACUCAAAGAUUACAACACAAAUUGAGAACCUUUUCCACAUCAAAUCGAAUAUAAGUUUGAAAGUUUCAUGGUCCACAGCCUCGAUGGCUCCAUCUUUGAAUAAUCUUAAGAACAGUGAUGUAGUUCUCUAUCAGACCUUCUCUGUCAGCGAUUGUUCGUCUCUGACUGAGGACUUCCUGAAUCAAUUGAGGAUUUUAGCCUACAUCAAGGAAGAUAUUGUUGAUUUUAAGGAAAACAUCAAAGAUAAUAGUGACCCAAUUUAUCGUUGUGGAAGGGGUAUCGAAAUGGAUACUUUGAAGGAAAACGUUUUUAGCAUCAUGACAGAGCUCUCAGGAAUCUUCGAUAUGGAGGGAACUUGUUUUGAAAUUGAAGCUGUUGUCCAAAGGGCCAAAGAACGUACGCUAACUGACCUCACUGAUAAACUAUGGGAAGUCCUCAAAUGUUGUUCGUCAUACAGAGACCUUAAGCAGGCGCUUAACUACGUUUUCCAAUGUGCAGCCAAAUGCAAUAUCGUGAAUCUACCAACGAAUCACAAUAGAUUGGCGGAAAUAAUUAACGAGGUCUCGCAACAACGUUUGGCCAUACCAUGCCUGACUGGUUCAGAGCCGUUGGAACUACUUCUAGAAAUCGGCUUAGAAAAAUUGCUAAAAGACUAUGAGUUCAUAUUUACCGAAUGUAAAAUGUGUAGUUCCAAAGAUUUAAAAGCCACAUAUGCGCCCAAAGCAGAAGAAGCUGAUUCAGGUGAAAUACAAAUGAACAUUAGGAAGUCUAUUCGUAGUGCUAUAAGACCAGAUGCAACACCAUCAUCACAUCGAAAAACUUUUUUACACAGCAAUUCGAAUGGGACGAAAAAGAAUCGAGACUCUGAUGUUGUUGGAUUUCAAAAUAGUGUUUUUAAUCAAACUGAUGUGGAGACAAAGUUGGCACGUCUUUUGCAAAUUCACUUGGCUUUGGAACAUUUGCUAUUAAUUCAGAUUAAUUUGAAUUUAGAAAAUGUCCACGUUUAUGUUUGUGAGCAAUUACUUAAGAAACAACCUCGAACUUAUAAAACCAUUGAUGACUCACUCGUGGAUAAAAUUGAAAUUCCUCUAGCUUCGGAAAGCGUUAGCCAACAUUUGGAAGGCAAAGACCCAAACUCUCGAAAAAUAACUCUCCUCUCCAAAAACGCAUUUCGAGAAGUUCAAAGUACAUUUUUCUACUCUAUGGAAAAUAUAUUCCCAUCAAAUGCAGCUGAAUGUUAUCAAACGGACGAUAAAGAAAUGGUAAAAGAAAAUGUAUAUUUCUGCUGGAAUUAUACGAAAAUUAAAUCACGAAGGUGUUAGCUCCAAAAGCCUUCUAUUAUAGUAUUUGUUUUAUAAAAAAAAUGGAAACAAACAAAAAUACAAUAAUAAUCUUUAUAAAUUCUAGUUUUUAAUUGUUUUAUAUUUCCUGUUUAUGCAUAUAAUGUCCAUGUAACAAAAGCAAACACACAAAAAACUAUCGUAAGAAUAAGAAAGAAACAAUAAAAAUA